CAUGUCCCAUUAUCCUCUGUGCCGGAAGUGCUAUGUAUCCAUGACAGUGUUGUUGUUGUUGUUAAGCGAAUCCACUCAGUGUUAUGUAAACGUAGCUAGCAUUUAGUGAUUCAUUUUCUUCCAGUAACUUCCUCGAGACUACUAAACAAAAUUGAAUAAAAUAGUUUUUAUUUCUUGAAGGCAAAAUGAAGCGAAAGAUACUGCAGCAGAGCUAGCGAUAGGUUAGCUGACUAGCCGACGAGCCAUCUAUCAGGCUAACACUGCAGGCUAAGGGAGGUUAGCUAGUACAGGGAGCGCGAUAGCUGCUGAUCGGGACAAGGCUCUGAUUAUCGGAAUAUCGCGAUAUCAUAGUUUAUUAUUCAGUUCUCAGUGAUGUGAAGCUGGAGAGGAUGCAGGAGCGGCGGCCGGAGGAGGAGAAGCGGCCGCGGGCAGAGCUGAUACACACACCGGGAGCCGGAGGAGGAGAGGAUGAUCUCCAGAUACAGCCGCAGAGCCGUGAAGCAGAACCUGCACAUUAGUGGGGUUUCACACACUGCCCUCCAUCAACAUCCCCCACCUGAGGAGGCAGAGACAGACUGCACACCCCAGUCAAAGGCACUACAGCAAGAUGCAUCCGCCUGUAACAGGUCGGUGUGUCCGUCAGCGGUUGCCGUGGAGACGAGCAGGGCUUGGUCUCAGAUUGACAGUUACACAGGAACAGGAGUGAGCACUGAACGCAGCUCUGUCUUCUCCUGGGCUUAUGAUGAGUUUGAUAAAGCAGCGUCUCGUCAGGUCCAGCUGCUGUUUGAGGAGAUUGAUGAGGAGCUGUAUGAGGGGAGAGGAGGAGUGCAGCAGGACGAGUGUAAACUGUGGACAUCACGAUUCCCUCAUCUACGGAUUCUUGGAAAGCAGUUGGUGUGUACCACAGAUGAAGGGUUCCAGUGGUUCUCCGUGUCAUCUCACAACAGCAGCUCGGGGACUCACAUACAGAGCACAGGCAACGAACUGUGUGUUCAGGGACACAGGGCUGCACUCUGUAUGGAGGUGACACACAAACCUGACUCCUGUGAUUCUCAUGAAGAUGAGUUAAAUAAAGGAAUAGAAGAAGAAGAAGGACUGAUGGAGGAAUACCUGGUCUUCGACUGGAGAGACAUUGAUGAGGAGUGUGUGUGUGUGAACAGGAGAACACACUUGGUGCCCCCUGUGUCUCCGUAUCGCUGCAGGAGGGAGGCUGUGCUUGACUUCCUGUUUGAUGACGUGUGGCAGGAGCUGAUUGGCUGCAUGGAGGAACUUCUGAUGAGACUGUGGGAAGGCUGUAGCUCAGAUGAGGAGAAGAGUUCGGUAUCUCUCAGUCCAGCACAUCAUCAAUCCCAUAAUCCCUCAGGGAUGAAGUCCAGCACUUCCGGUACUCUGCCACGCCUCGGCCCCCAGCCACAGCACACUCCUAACGCCUUGCACACUCCGAGCACAAAGUCGAGGGGCUCAAAGUCGAGAUGGAAAUCCAAAAAGCAGAGAAAACCAUCUACUCCCAGUCGGGUGUGUUCAGGAUCAGCAGCAUUGCAGCAUCACACUCUGAAUGAGCUGAUUGUGGUUCACAGUCUUCCUCUGCAGCAACGACACACAACUGCACCGGAGCACACUGCACAUGACUCCGAGGAGAGGAUGAGCCUCUCUAAGCCCCGCCCUCGCUGCUCUCUGGAACAAAGCCCAUCCCCUUUACCUCGCCCUCCUCCAUCAUCACGGAGACGACCCCUCCCUCCUCGCACGCUCCUCCCACUGACCCAGUCCAGCACAUCUGGAAACAUGGAGGACAUUAUCAGAGGGACACGACUAGCCCCGGCUGGUGAACGCCUCUCCUCUUCUGUGAUGACUCUCAGCAGGAACACACUCCUUCCCCCCAUUGGCACUGCAGACAAAGAACACACACACUCUGGACAUCACACACACCUCUCUCAGCGUCACAGAGCUCCUUCCAGUCGUGCUCAUAGUGCUGUAGCAGAUGAAGCUGGCAGCCUGCUGGCCUUCUCCAGACCCAACACCACACACACCUUCAGGUCGGAUACACCUCAUCGCCGCUCUUUCACUGUUCUGGACAGCAGCAGGCCGGCAAGACCAGGCAGAGCCUCCAUGGGCACAGAUUCUUUGGGUAUUGGUGUAACAGGGAUUAGCUUGGGUAUUAGCAGCUCUUCCUUCUUGGACUCAUUUGCCACUCAUACUCUUGACCACUCCCCCAUUGAAGAUGGGGAGGAACCAGAAGGUAGAGCCCCGCCCCCAGCUCUACUGGUUCCCGUGUCUCUCCAGUCACAUAGUAGAGGAGGCCUGAUGACUCGCAGCAACAGACCAGGACCUUAACAAACACACACAUGCGCACACACAUACACAGACACAUACACACACACCACAUACACACCACACACACAGCAGUUCUCAGCAGACCUUUUCUACCACAUUUAUGAAUAUUGUUAUUAUUGUUCUUAUGAUUAAUAUUAUUAUUGUAGUUGUCUGAUUUUUUUUUAGAGUCCUAUUUUUGUAUAACUGCCAAAGACAAUAAGCCACACACACACACACACACACACACACACACACACACACACACACACACACACACACACACACACACAGUGCCAUGUUGUUACUGUAGACCUUUUUGGUUCCUGUGUGAUAUAAAUGAUACUAUGACAAACACUACAGGUGACAUGACAGGGGUCACAUGACUUAUAAGCAGGAUGGGGGAUUUUUUUAUUAUACUUUUUUUUAUUGAUUGUUGUCAGGACAAAAAUGUUUGUGAUUAUUAAAGCCUUAGGGCUGUAAGCCAUACCCCCCACACACACAAACAUAUACACGCAUACACACACACACACACACACACACACACACACACACACACACACACACACACACUUUUCAAUGUUUAAAUGGGGAAAUUAAUAACCUUACACUUUAAUGAUGAAAUAAAAAAUUUUUCAGAA